CGGACACAUGUCCGCGCUCAGACCAUGAAGGCGUGCGCUCCAUCAAGGACCAUGAUAUGAUAACAGCCCUACAUUUUACGCACGCUUACGCAAACGCAAUAACAGCCACACAUGGUUUUUCCACUGGAGUCAAAUCCUAUGAUUUAUGGCGAGGAUUACUAAGGUGAAGAUAAAAUGAAAAUAAAUGGCAGCCGCUUGAUGAACACUUCUUCACUGAGCCCUCACGAGAUCACUCUGAAUCGCCCACCCUGGGUCGCCACAACUUUGGGCAGCUUUCUGAUCUUUACUAUCGUGGUUGAUAUAUUGGGGAACCUCUUGGUGAUCUUCUCUGUGUACAGAAACAAGAAACUUCGAAACGCAGGGAACUUAUUUGUGGUGAGCCUGGCAGUAGCUGACCUGGUAGUAGCGGUCUAUCCUUAUCCUCUCGUGCUGGUCUCCAUUGUCCAUAAUGGAUGGAAUUUGGGAUUCGUCCACUGCCAGAUCAGUGGAUUCCUGAUGGGAUUGAGCGUGAUUGGAUCUAUAUUUAACAUCACUGGCAUUGCCAUCAAUCGCUAUUGCUAUAUCUGUCACAGCCUCAAGUAUGACAAGCUGUACAGCGACAAAAACUCGCUUUGCUACGUCCUUCUCAUCUGGAUACUGACUGUGGUCGCUAUAGUGCCAAACUUUUACGUUGGCUCCCUGCAGUAUGACCCCAGGGUCUUCUCGUGUACAUUUGCGCAGUCGGCCAGCUCGGCGUACACCAUCGCCGUCGUGUUCUUCCAUUUCAUUCUUCCAAUCAUGAUUGUGACAUACUGCUACCUGCGGAUCUGGAUCUUGGUGAUCCAGGUGAGGAGACGCGUCAAACCUGAGUUCCGGCCCAAACUCACGCCACACGACGUAAGGAACUUUGUUACCAUGUUUGUGGUGUUCGUUCUUUUUGCUAUCUGCUGGGCCCCUCUCAAUUUCAUCGGCUUGGCGGUCGCUAUAAACCCCGGGCGGGUUGCGCCUCUCAUCCCAGAGUGGUUUUUUGUAUCCAGUUAUUUCAUGGCCUAUUUCAACAGCUGCCUUAAUGCUAUAGUCUAUGGACUGCUGAACCAGAACUUCAGACGAGAGUACAAAAAAAUUAUUAUCUCACUCUGUACUGCGAGGAUGUUCUUCCCAGAGAGUUCAAAUGAUGCUGCGGAUCGGAUCAAAAGCAAGCCAUCCCCUUUAAUGACAAACAACAACCAAGUCAAAGUAGAUUCGGUAUGAAAACACCUAAAAGGACACUGUGAACAAAAACCAAAUAAGCAUUUCAGCUGCUUUCAGAACCGAUACUUAUAACCUGAAUACAGGUGUAUGGUUUUCUUGUACCUGUUGCUUUUACAAGGUGCAU